CGGCUGCGGAGCGCCUCGCCCCCUCGCUCUCCCACGCCCUCCGCACACACCCGGGAGCCGGGGCUGCUCGCAGGGCUCCCACCCAUGGCAGACAGGAGCCCGGCCGAGGGCGCCGAGCCCUCUGCGCGCCGCGAGGAGGCUCCGGAGUGGGGCUACGAGGAAGGAGUGGAGUGGGGGCUGAUUUUUCCCGAUGCGAACGGGGAGUACCAGUCGCCCAUCAACCUGAACUCGAGAGAAGCCAAAUACGACCCCUCUCUGCUGGAGGUGCGUUUGUCUCCGAACUACGUAGUGUGUCGCGACUGCGAAGUGACCAACGACGGGCAUUCGAUUCAGAUUGCCCUGAAGUCAAAAUCAGUGUUAACAGGGGGGCCAUUGCCUCGAGGACAUGAGUUUGAACUACACGAUGUUCGAUUUCACUGGGGGAGAGAAAACCAGCGUGGUUCUGAACACACCGUUAAUUUUAAGGCCUUUCCCAUGGAGCUUCAUCUAAUGCACUGGAACUCCACACUGUACAACAGCAUUGAUGAGGCGGUAGGGAAGAAGCACGGCAUAGCUAUUAUUGCAUUGUUUGUGCAGAUAGGAAAAGAGCAUGUAGGCCUAAAGGCUGUAACUGAAAUACUCCAGGACAUCCAGUACAAGGGAAAGUCCAAAACAAUACCCUGUUUUAAUCCCAACUCUUUAUUGCCAGAUCCUCUUCUGCGUGACUACUGGGUGUAUGAGGGCUCUCUAACCAUUCCACCCUGCAGUGAAGGUGUCACUUGGAUAUUAUUUCGCUAUCCUCUGACUGUGUCCCAAGUGCAGAUAGAGGAAUUUCGUAGACUGAGGACACAUGUUAAGGGUGCAGAACUUCUAGAGGGUUGUGAUGGAAUCCUAGGAGAUAACUUCAGACCAACUCAGCCACUUAGUGAUAGAGUCAUCAGGGCUGCAUUUCAGUAGCAGAAGAAGAACAACAGGAAUAAAUCUUUAUCCAGACCCAAUAAUCUUUGUGAACUCCAUCCAGCUUUGCCUAACAAAUAAUAAGGUAAGGACAUCUCUGGAGGAACAGUGUAAAUUCUUGAACAAUACUAACUUUGAAGGCUAUAGCAUGAUGAUUCAAAGAGAUACUCACCUUUGCCAGCACACAUCAUUGGCUGUGUAUUUCUUAUGCUCCAGAAAUUCAGGCAACUUUGCUGCUAAGAGUAGGGGUGAGCAAAUGCAGGAAGAGGAAACUUUUUUCUUACCACUUUUGUUAUUUUGAUGUAGUUUUUAUACUUUGUGUUCACCACUCUAUUAAGUCUGUCAGUCUUCAUAGAUGUUUAGGACUUGAUUACUUUGACAAAUGAGACUCAUCGUUGUAUUGCCAGAUUCUAACCCUUCAUCAUACUUUAUCUGCUAGAAAAUAAUUUUUAACCUUAGAGUAAAUGCAUGUCAUUUCCUGAGCAGGUCAUUUAAAAAAAAAAAAUCUCCUUAAUGCUAAUACUAAUGAGAUAGCGAUAGACCAGAAUUUAGUUUUACAUAUCACCUUUCAGACUUAAGGAAAUUCAAAUGUAUUUGCAUUUGGUAAUGAUGAUGACGGUGAUGUCCAGUUGGCGGGCACCUUAGCUUGCAUACCAUCAUGACUGUUAAGACUUUCCUUUAAAGAGGGAAUAUUGUUUCCCACUGAGUUUUAAACUUGGCAAAUCAUAUAUUGCACAUGAGUUCAGGCAUUUUUGCAGAAGUUAAGGUAGAUACCAGAGUUAGGGUUCUCCACUACUAAAUGGUCCUUAAAACCUUUGUGGAGAUUUCUAUGCAAAAUGUACAAAAGGCCAGAGGAAUAGAAGUAAUAUUGUGAGACUCUACUGCACUAUAAUCACACUGCUACAGGGAAGGUAUGCCUUUAAUGUAAAUGUUUACAAACAUAUGCCUGGCAUCUCCUCUGGUAGGUGAAAAAAAAUGAAAGUAAAUACUAGUUUAUAUUACUGUCUUUGCCUGGUAAAACAGCUGUUGGCAUGGCUUGAAGUUGAGGUCAUUGAUAAACGAAUCUCUCCUGAAUUAGUGAUGUGCUGUCUUCAAAAGGCUCAGAGUUCUGGUUUGAUUCAGAUAAGAUUCUCCAAAGCUUAUCCAGUUCUCAAGUCUGCAAAAAUGAGCUGGAAAUAAUACAAGGCCAUGCUUUCUGAUGAGAUUUAAGGUAAUUUUGUUUCCAGUUGGAAUUACUGCAAACCAGCCUCUUGCACUGAAUUUCUAUACUUUCAUUCUGUUAAGAACAAACAGAAUAUUUCAGACCACUUGAUGAGUGACUCAUAUUAACUGUCUCAACAGCUAUUAUGAACCCAUCAGGAAAAAAAUAUACCCUGCAAAGAUCAAAAUUAAUCAGCAGAAGCAGAGUAAAGAAGCUGAAAAUUAAUGUAGAGAUCAAGAAAUACUCAUUAAAAAAUCCAACCUUUGAUAGAAGUGUUAUGUUUACUAACAAAUGUAAGAAACCCUGGUAGUCUUUCACUUACCCAACUCUGAACAGCGGAUGCGACUAAAGACCUAAACUCCUCACAUACUCGUGGAAGACUAUUUUGGUGUUUAGAGCAGCAGUUUGAGAGUCAGGAAACUCCAUUCCUUAUCACCCUUCUGCUGACUCAUAUCUCUGGUUUCCAAGUCCUCUGAGGAUUUUCAUUCAUCACAGCUUUUGACCAUGACUGAGGUAACUCUGAACCAGCCUGGGUACAGACAUCAUGUCACUAGAGAUGCAUUCCUGUCAUCACUGGCAUAGACCAUGGGGCUGAGUAAGUUGUUGUUGAAGGUCCUGUGGCUACAGCAGCAACCUCUGGACAAACCUGUCCCACACUACCUUGUGACAUUAAAUUAGUCUUAAUGCACAUAAAUAAGCUGUCAGCCGUCAUACGGACAGAGAGAAGCACCUGGUCUUUUUGGAAAUUUUGAAAGGUCUUGAUUCAAAGUCCACUGAAGUCAGUGGAAACCUUUCUAGAGAUGUGGAAUCGCUGCUGAAACUCUGUGUAAAGAGACAGAUUUGUCAGCAGCUCCUGCUGCUGCUUGGGGCAGAUUUCUCUCUGAUUCAGCUUCACUAAUUUUUCUCCCUUUUAAUUGUACCCGAGGUUGUAACCCAAGGGUGAUUCAGUUUCUAAAAGGAAAACAUUGGCACUUUUUUUUUUCCAGUUAACGUUGUUUCUAUUAUAUGUUAAGUAGGAGUCACUGCCAAAAACUUAGCUGAUCUGAGUGCAUGGAUCAUUAUGUUUAUUCCUGUUAGAAGUUUUGUCAAUUCUUUUAUUGCUGUUUUCCCCCCCCAAUAGCAGAAAAAUUCUGUGGUGUGACAUUCCCAAUUAUUUCUGUAUAAUUUUUUCCUUUACUUUCCAAUUUUUCUUUUUCAGUCUUAAGCAGAAUGUGGACUCUCCAAAGCAUGAAGUGGUUUCCGACUCACCGUGUUGUAUCACAUUUGCACUUAGAUAAUCUUGUUCAGCCCAUCUGUUGGUUAGGCAGUCUCCUGCUGUUGGUCAGCUAGUGGAAGAGGUCUCUGAAGACUGAGUAAAAUUGCACAACUGAACAACACCCAUCACAUGCCAUUUGAUCACCUUACAAAUUGAAAGAACAGGCAACACAAGCAAGUGAAAACAAUGCUUAAGAACAGUGCGAAAAUUGUUUUUAGACCACAUCUCUUUAGGACAGAAAUAAAGUUCUGGUUCCAAAUCUCCAUCACUGAUACACGUCGAAAAUACUGAUAAACAUAGAAAAUCCAAAAUGAAAAGGAAGGUAUUAUAAUCCAGUGUUUAGCCAUUUCUUUCCAUGUAGUGGCUUACCAGUGUGGGAAAGUAGAUAUCUAUAGAGUUUGACAGGCAGAGAGGGGAGAAACAACAUGAAUCAGAGGAUUUACAGUCUGCAGACCACUUGUGUGACUAUGGCUGCUUGAGGAAAUCUCUAUAGCUAUGCAGAGUCUUCUGGUGCCAGCUGUGCUCCCUACAGAGCACAGACAUUUGAUUUCAGCAUAGGAGAGAGAGAAGACAAACUGUAAAUGGUAGAUGUAGUAGAUGGAUGUCACUAAACAUAGCAAUUUCAUAAGAUUGUGAGUCUCUGUAAAUGUAUAAUGAAGUAUCAGGUGCAUGCAAAGACCAUACUUAUUCACUGUAGUGUCUUCAUUUCUUGGAUUAUUUCCUUAAUCACUUUUUUAAUAUUUUCAUAACUCUUUUUUCUUUUUUUUUGCAACUUAAAAAGAUGCUGAAUGAAAAGAUGGUGAUGAGUGAGAGGAGGGAGAGGGCUGGCAGAUUGUGUUCAACAUCCUCUACAUUCCCUUAUUAGUUUAGUCAGACACAUUAGUUCACAUUAUGAGAAACAGAUGAGAAACUGCUAAAACGUACAUUAUGGAAAACAUUAGGGGAAUCUGCUAAGCAUACAUCCAAAUAACGUCAAACCAAUAGCGACUCCAGCUGAGGGCCAGCUGACUCACCAAACUCUGUAAAUCUAAGCUAUACAGCACUUACAGUGUGCAUAUUCCUGCUAACCAUCAGACAGGUUGAGUUGUAAUGCUGAGUAGUCAUUGCAUAAACUGUGUGCAAGAGGCAAAGGAGGAAAAAAAUAAGAGGAAGCAGCACUUCAGGGAAAGAAAGUGAUCACAGCAUCCACCUUGUCUGCAUUAUACCUCUUCUUCAGCACAAUGUACAACUUUCAGCUACUCCAGAUGCUUUCUUGGGUGCAUUGCAUCACAUUUCCACAAGCUUUUCUUUUCCUUGAGUUUUCUUCUUUUGUUGCAGAAAGGUCAGUUUAUGUUCUCUGCAAGAAAAUCAGCUAGAAUGUGUCAAGUGUAAUAAAGUUCUAAAGAAAUAAAAAAAGAGUAUUUCAUAGAAUCAUCUACAGAAAAUCAUCUGUGGCUUGGCUGAACCUUUAAAAUAAAUGCUUGUGGUUGCAUGACUAGCUUUUCUUUUGAGCUGACCUGUAGAAGGGAUCAGCAGGACUCGUAUGAUACUCAGCUCUGCUAAUAAUUUGACUUUUUCAUUUAGCGUGGCUUGAUGUCCAUUUCGCAGAAUGAAAAAUACAGUAUCUGUGUGAGAUGAGGUCACUGCAUCAGAGUGACUCUUGCAUAAAAAUCUUUCUUACACUGGGAUUCAGCACUUCAAGGAUCUCCAAACUUUUGAGUAUCUUUAGGUAAUAAAUUUUGCAAACCUUUCAAGUAGCAUGGCUCAGAUCUUUGUGCAAUACUGCAAAAAACAAGACAAAUUGCUCCUUUUCACUCAGGCACCUUCAUGCUAACAAUGUGAUUUCUAGGAAAAUUCUGUCUCUUGUAAGACAGAUUUAUACACAUUUUGGUGUUGGUAUUCCAUAAAAAAAUCACCUAUGAUAUAUUUUAACCGCAGUGGGUUGUUUUUGUUUGUUUGUUUGUUUGGUUGGUUUUUUUUUUUAAGGAUGAUGCAGGUGAAGUCUUUGAUUUAUAUUUUUACAUACUUUGGAAAUGUCAAUAAUUAUGUGAUAACCAUUGCCGACAAAGACUAAAUUGAUAUUGCAUUUUCCCUGUAAAGUAUGAAUAAAUAUAAAUAUGACAAAUGUAUAGCCUCUGGUAACAAGUGUUGGGGCUUCAAUAACUACUAAAGAGAGACAAAUCAUUCCUAAUAAAUAAUGUACACUGUGCAUCAGACAAGUCCCCUAACAGGAUGGUUAUCAUUUCGAGCGUACAUAUUUGUGUGCAAAAUCAGAUAUAUUCCUCUUCCAAAGCAACCAGCAUUAGAAAAAAAUGUGAAGUCACCAUUCUCCUGGUUUUGAUUUGAAUCAUAGAACCAUAGAAUCAUAGAAUCAUAAAAUCAUAGAGUCAUAGAAUCAUAGAAUAGUUUGGGUUGGAAGGGACCUUAAAGAUCAUCCAGUUCCAAUCCCCCCUGCCAUGGGCAGGGACAUCCCACUAGAUCAGGCUGCCCAAGGACCCAUCCAACCUGGCCUUGAACACUUCCAGGGAUGGGGCAUCCACAACCUUCCUUGGCAACUUGUUCCAGUGUCUCACCACUCUCAUGGUGACUUGCUCCUUGUUCAAGCCCAUCUGUUUGUGUUCCUGCAUGUGGUGCCUCACCAGCUCAUCUGCCUGCCAGUACAUACCUUUAUAUAAGGUCUUGUGGCAUUCUGCUGUCUUUCUUAGAAACUUUUCCAUUGUUGCUUUGCUGUUCUUUGUUUUAAGAUCCCUUUUAAUUUCUAAUAAAAUCUUCCUGGUUUCUGCUUGCCACUGGUGCCAUGAAUGGAUGAAGUUCUGUAUUUUUGCUUUCUCUAUUAACGCUCAUAAACACAAUAUGGACUGCCAUUUGCUGCUGUGUGUCUAAAAUAUAUUGUGUAUCAAAUUAAAGGUGCUUAUUGACUAUUAUUAUAUAUUUUAAAAAGUCAGCCAGGGUCAUAUGGAAUGUGAAAGCUGACUGCUAGCUUUGCUCCAUAAGUUUUCCUUCACACUUUAAAUGGAAUUUUCUCCAGCCAUGUUUGAACCAAUUCUGCAUUGGUUUUCCACUAGCUCUCUUGGUAACUAGAAAACACUGACAUAAAUGUAAUUAAAAAAACAAAUCUGAUACUUCUAUAUGUAAAUAUCUGCAUAUAUCAUUGUGUGUAAUAUGGAAACAGGUAAAUAUAUACAUGAUUUAUUUACUAAAUGAUGACUAGCUAACAUUGACCAAAUAGAUGUUAUUAAAUAGAGAAUAAUUGCAGAAGACUUUCAGUGUUUGAUCUGCAGUUAAACAAAAUGUAGCCAAAAAUGUGGUUGGUUGAUUUUGAGCAAUAAAUGUGUUUGACUAAGGAAAAAACCCCUUUUGUUUGUUUAUAGAUAGUGCACAAAUAGAAUUUGAAGUUAAGCAAGUUAGGUAAAUAAUUUGUUGUGGCUUAUUUGCUCACAGUAAUACAACUUCACUUUUUCCUAUUGUUAUCUAUAACAUUGUUUCCUUUACCCCCUUCUCAAUUCUUCUGCACAGACACAAAAUUGAUAGCUACAUAGAAGGAGUAGCUGACAGCUUAAUAAAAAAUUAUUAGGGUCUGAGGCAUAUUUCCAAUAGCUGCUCAUGAAGAGAUGGGUGGUGUAAUCCACUGCAGUGUUUAAGUGGAGUUUCUUUUGUCAGCACCUACUAUUAGAGAUGGUAACACUCAGUGGGACUAGAGUGUUUGCAUCUCUUUUUAGGGAAUUUGCAGUUUUAGGUGGCUGAAAGCAAGCUGCAGUACAAGAGGGACCUUGCUUUUUGUCUCAGCAGAUGCAGACAAGCCAUAUACUGUUUGGAGGAACAUUGGCUGUGUUUUGGACAGCUUUUUUGAAGCUAGGUACUGUCUCAGUAAAUUAUUUCUCUACAUGCUUAAAAACAAGGGAAAAUCAUGAUGGUGGAAUUGUACAAGAUUUACAAAAUAACUAAGAGUGAAUAUUCAGAGUAUCAGAUUUCUCCUUUGUAAUUUAAACCUAUUUGCUACCCAUGAAUGAUCAAAGCAUCAGAGGAAAGUGGAGAUUUUUCUCAUUUGCUGAGGCACAAUUGGUAAGGAGUUGGUGUUAAAAGCUGGGAAGUAUAGCUUAAUUUUUUCAGCCAGCAGUCAAGCAGUUAAAGAGAGUUACGUGGUUAAUUGUGAAUGUUAUUACACAAAUUGUAAGCUAAAAGGGCACAGACUGCUUUUAUGUAUAUAGUUCCAUCUAUUCAUUCUACUGAAUAGCCUGAUUUCCAAGAUUGUCCUAGUUUGGGUGGCACUAAUAGAAGUUGUAUGUUGUCGGGAUUGUGGCCAAAAUGAUUAUGGAAUCAUAUUUGUCUCAGUCAAGCUAAUUUUGUGAUUUCUACUAAGUCCCUCAAGUCAACAUAAAAUCAAUAUCCCGUGUAGCUAUGUGUAAGGUCUGUGUAACACUUUUGUACUUAAUUCAUUUUAGGCAAAGGCUAAUUCUCUGGAAAGCUAAAAUCUAUAGGUUUUCUUGCCUUACUUUACAGUCUGUUAAUACAUAGAAGGUACUCAACAGAAGGACUGGAGGAGUUGACCUGCAUCGAUUUUAGCAAAGUAGACUGAGAUAGUCACAAUUACCUUGUGGAAUCUUUAAUGUAUCUGCAAUCAAGGACAAUCAAGCCUUCAAAUAUGGUUAUCAGAAUUAACAGCAUAGGAAAAUAUGGUACAAGUACCAGCUAAGAAACUCACUCAGUUGCAGCAAAGAAAAUAGCAUUAAUAUUGGGCUGCAUGAUCACCUCACCUUUAGCUAAAAGGAACCAAUGUUGUCUAUAAUUGUAGUUCGCAGUACUUUGCUUGCAUUUCAGCAACUCUAUUAUGCUUAUUAUUGUAAUAAUUAUUAUUUUAAAAGGCAAAUUCUAGCCAUUUUAUAAAUUAUCUUCCUAAGCUGAAUGCUUAUGCUUUGGGGAAAUGAGCAAUUUUAGUGUAUUAUUCCUUAAAUAUCAUCUUUAGGAUGAAUACUUCCAAUAAAAUGCCUUAUUUGUUCCUCCAGUAAGAGAAAGGCACUGCAGUUUCUUGGACUAGGAAUAAAAUCAAAAUAAACACAAUAUACGGAUGUUACAAGAAAUGUCAUCCUGCCAAAAUAUAAGUUAAUAUCACAGCAUCACAGUGAUCAAGCUGUCAGUUUGUAUGAAACAGUGCAUCAUGUAAAGGCACUGUUUGGAAAUAGCACUGUACCAAUUAUAAAAGACAGAAAGAGAGUCCUGUCAUUUCAUGAUUUGAAAUAUUAAUGCCUUAACUCAAACACAUAAGAGUGUUAGCAAGUGCUGCAGCAAUUAAAACUCAAAAUACAGAUAGCACUUAAGAAAUAAAAUAUUAAGGUGUACUGUGUUUUGUAAAGAUUGAUAUAUACAAAGUAAUUGACAACAGAAGCCAGAAGAGAUUAAGUGUCAUUUGUAUAGCCAACAAGGGUACCAGGACAUUUUUAUUCGCAUGGCAAGCCUUCUAUUUUUUGCUCCCCAAAACAACCAUUCUUUACCUUUUUAACUUCAUCUGAACCAGACCUGAAGCAUUUAGAAUAAUUUUAUUUUUGUGACAGCAGCAGAGAAAUGUGAGGUGUGAUUUAACUAGAAAUUGUAAGUAUUUUGUGAUCAUAGGAGAAAAGCUAAAAAUAUCACUGGAGAAUUUAUAAUAUUAAUUCAUGGUGCAGUCUCUUUCUCAACUCUCUGAUUUUAUUUACUUUAAUUCUAAUAAUAUAUUCCAUAUUCAGCCAAACAGCAUUAGAUAAGUACAGAAGGGAAGUUUUACCUUCAUUUUGUCUUGUGUCUGUGUUUCAUUUUAACCAUUUUAAGUAAUAUUGAUACUACUUAGCUUUUUUAUGUGUAGAGUGACUAUUCUUGCAAGCCUCUGGAGAGAUGGAAAAUCGUCCUUAACCUCAUUUUACAUCAAAAUCCUGAUUCAUAGAGAUGCUGAGAUACUUGCCUGAGGUUACAUUCAAAGGACCAAAUCUAGCAAAAUAUGUAAAAAUGUGCUCAAGCACACUAACACUGAAGACAUAGUGAGUUCCAAAUCUUGAGGACUGAUCACCAGGAAAGUAUGGUUUCCUUUUGUGUGGUUCGGGAAUGGUUGAUUGUGGCCGAUUGUCACGCUGGUAUGCAAAAUUUUGACAUGGAAGUUUAAAAACAAAUUGUCCUUGACCAAUGUGGUUCAAAUAUAAGUCAGGUCUGUAUCAAUAAUUUUGCUUACUGAGUUGUAAGAUUGUUUUCUUUUAAUUCUAUCUUUGAAUUGGGAUGCAGACCUGCUGAUAUUAUGUCAGGGUUUAACAGGGGAAGAUGGUGCCAGGAGGCAAUGCUAUGAAGGUCCAUGAGA